CAUUAACUGGAUUCCCGCCUUAUUUUUGUAUUUGCCCUCGAUUAUUAUCAUUUAUACUUGAGUAUAUAAAGUAGAUUGCAAUUCUAAAUUGUCACCAUUCGAUAUUGUGCCAUUAAAAUAUCAACAUGAAAUUCACAGUCGCCAUUGUCGCUUUGGCUAUCGUAGCCCUCGUUGGGGCCGACGCUAACAGCAAAACACAAAAAGCUGGAAAAAGAAGUAUUGGUGAACUCGAUUCAGGUUUCGGAUCAGCAGAUUACACUUAUGGCUCUGGUUUGGGAUACAGUUCUGGACUAGGUUUGGCCUCCGGAUUGGGCUACAGCUCAGGAUUAGGAUACAGCUCUGGUCUCGGCUUGGGCUCCACUUGGGGCUCUGGUCUCGGUUUGAGCUCCACAUGGGGCUCUGGACUUGGUUUGUCUUCCAGUCUCAGAUACGGUUCCGGAUUGGGUUUGGCCUCUGGAUUGUCUGGAUAUUCAUCAGGUUUGGGAUUAUCUUCCGCAGCUUACGCACCAGCUUACGCCAGUGCUGCCAUUGCUCCAGCACCUACCGCCGGACCAGCUUACCAAAUCUCCAGAGAAGUGCAUGUCAUUAACCGCCACGCACAACCCGUCUCUGCCCCAUACCCAGUACCAGUAGAACACAAUGUAGCCGUUCCAGUACCAUCUCCAGUCCCAUACGCAGUAGACAGGCCAUACGCCGUGCGUGUACCACAACCAUACCCAGUACCAGUCGAAAGACCAGUACCAUACGCAGUAGAUAGGCCAGUCGCUCACCCAGUAGCUUCUCCUUACCCAGUUCCCGUCGUCCGUAACAUUCCAGUCCCAGUUCAACAACCCAUCCCAGUUCCACACGUCAAACAAAUCCCAGUACCAAUUGCUCAACCAUACGCCGUUCCAGCUGUGCAUUCAGUUGCUAUCGCCGCUCCAGCCACCUGGUCAUCAGCUUCUCUUGGACACAGUUCCUAUAACUCGGGAUACGGACUAUCCGCUCUCAGUGCUGGAUAUGGAGCAUCAGCCCUCCACGGCGGUUACAGCUCAUGGGCUCCAUCAACUUACGGAUCAUUGGGAUACAGUGGACUCGGAGGAUUGUCUUCGUACAGCAAACACGGCUGGCACAAGAAGUAAAAAGUAACUUUAGUACCACAUAUUUCACAAAAUUGUGAUUUCUGUACUGUGUACAUAAUGUUUAUAGUUACUCAUUAAGAUCUUUUUGAUUUUUGUCAUCAUAAAUGUUAAAUAACUCAUACCAUAAUAUCAUAGGGUAUGCAAUGUUAAUUCAAAUAAAUGUGUUAAAAAAAAAAAAUCAAAUUUUUUUUAGUUUACAAUAACCUACUCUAUUUUUAUCUAGUCGCUUGAGAAACUUAUAACUACUUUAAUACAAUAAAAGUAGUAGUCAUACGAUUUGUGUUUUUAAAAAAAUGUAUAAAAACUAAAAUGAUUGUUUAAAUAAUCUAUUAUAAUUUGUCAUAAAAUCAUAAAAAAAUAUUUACCCUUUUCCAUGAUUACUAAAAACAUUAUUCUUUAGAUUUGGUCAUUUAGUAUAACUAUAAUUUGUUAGUUUAAUAAUUUAAUUAGAAAAUUUUAAUGUUCUAUAAAAUAAUUUAUUUUUUUAAAUUUAAUUUUUUUUUGUAACUAAGCAGGGGUAUUAAUAAGAUAUAUAUAUAUAUAUAUAUAUAUAUAUUAUUUAAUUUCAAUAUUAGUUCAUUUUUUUUUUAAGUGAUUUAGUGAUAUUCGUAUUGCUAAAAAAACCAAGAUUAACAUUUAUAUGUUUUGGUUUCUAAAACAUGACCAUGUAUUAUGUAGGUUAUAAUAAGAUGAAAUAACAGUUGUACCAAAAUAGGACAGGGCAUAUUACCAGUUAUUUGACAUUUAGGAUAAUAUUGUAAUAAUUAUUCCAAAAUAUGAUAGAUUAUACACUCAACAGAAAAUAUGAAUACUUUAAUUAUGUAAUAACUAUAUUUCUCCUAAUAGAAAUUGAAAUAAAAUUUACAUAUUAUAAUCUUUAUAUAUUAUAAACUUGUCUCUUGUAAAUACAAAAAUAAAAAUGCGGUAUAAAUAACCGUAUUUCCUUAUUUAGAGUUUUAAUAUUCUAUGUUGUAUUAUAAAUUUAGGGAAUAGUGGGCGUUUGCCGCUUACUUGGUAUAAAACAAUUUUUAAAACCCCUUUCGAAGAUAAUCAAAUGCAUUUUAAGGUUUAUCCUAAGCUAUUAAUAUUAUAAGGGCAAAAUAAUUUUUAAAAGGCUAUUGAUCUAAUUAUUUGGGUUGACGAUUUAAGCUGUAAAUACUGAUAUAUUCAUUUAAUUUAUAAGCCUAUUAAAUAUAAUAAUUUUUAAUUAUCCAUUGGAAUAUUACAUUUAUACCACUUUGUUAUGAAAUUUUGUCAUUUGCUUAUGGACGAGAAUAUGAUAAUGGGUUAAUGCCUCUCUCUAUAAUUUAUUGUUGUUCAUAAUAUUUUUCUAACAUUUUUAUUGAAUUUGUUAAAUGUUGAAUAACUAUGAUAUCUUUGUUUGAUAUGUAAAAUAUUUUAUUUAAAAUAAAUACAAAUUUUAUAUUUCUC